AUGCAGCUGCCGGGCCGGAGCUGGGCGCUGGCGCUGCUCACCCUGCUCGUGGGCUUCCUCAUCUUCGUGGACAUCUCGGAGCUGGAGGAGGAGGAGACCGGGAAUUCUGGAGGCAGAGGUACAAUCAGAUCAUCUGUGAACAGCUUACAUAGCAAAUCUAAUAGAGCCGAAGUAGUAAUAAAUGGCUCUUCAUCUCCAGCUGUUGUUGACAGAAGUAAUGAAAGCAUUAAGCACAUUAAACCAGCUUCAUUCAGAUGGAGACACAACCAGACACUCUCUUUGAAGAUCAGGAAACAGAUCUUGAAGUUCCUGGAUGCGGAGAAGGACAUCUCGGUGCUGAAGGGGACCCUGAAGCCCGGGGACGUCAUCCACUACGUCUUUGACAGGGACAGCACCAUGAACGUCUCCCAGAACCUCUAUGAGCUGCUGCCAAGGACCUCGCCCCUGAAGGGCAAACACUUCCGGACCUGCGCCAUUGUUGGCAACUCGGGGAUCCUGCUGAACAGUGGCUGCGGGAGAGAGAUUGACGCUCACAGCUUCGUCAUCAGGUGUAAUCUGGCCCCUGUUCAGGAAUAUGCCUGGGACGUGGGGAUGAAGGCAGACCUUGUGACUAUGAAUCCCUCUGUCAUCCAGCGUGCCUUCGAGGACCUGGUGAACGAGACCUGGCGGGAGAAGCUGCUGCAGCGCCUCCACAGUCUCAACGGCAGCAUCCUCUGGAUCCCCGCAUUCAUGGCCAAAGGGGGCAAGGAGCGCGUGGAGUGGGUCAACGAGCUCAUCCUCAAGCACCGCAUCAACGUCCGCACCGCCUACCCCUCGCUGCGCCUGCUACACGCCGUCCGAGGGUACUGGCUAACAAACAAAGUGCACAUAAAACGACCAACCACUGGCCUGCUCAUGUACACCCUGGCCACCCGCUUCUGCAACAGGAUCUAUCUCUAUGGCUUCUGGCCUUUUCCCCGGGAUCAGAACCAGAACCCCGUCAAAUACCACUACUAUGACAGCCUGAAGUACGGCUACACCUCCCAGGCCAGCCCGCACACCAUGCCCUUGGAGUUCAAAGCCCUAAAGACGCUGCACCAGCAAGGAGCCUUGAAACUGACUGUCGGAGAGUGCGGUGGGGCCACGUAAGACAGGCUUCUGUGGCCCACGUUCCUGCAGGCUAUACACCCUGGGAGAAACGGGGAGCAGGAGAAAAGCCUGAGCAGUGGCUAGUGGGGUUGGUUUUCUUUGUUAACGUGCAGAACAGUGACAAAAAUAUAUAUACGUGGUGCCUAUAUAUAUUGACCUGAGUAUUAUAACUGUUUGGUGUUCGGUGACAGACAAGUUACAGGAGAGUCGGAAGCUGCUGCCCGGGCUCGAGGCUUUGCCUGGGGCUGGUUAGGCUCAGAAAGAAGUUAGUUCUACGAUGUCAAAAAUGCUUGAAGGUCACCUUGGUUUUUCAGAGUGCUUGAGGGUGAUGGGUAAACGUUAGGCCAUGUGUGUGACUGGUCC